AUGGGGUUAUGUACCGUGUUUAAAAACUGUACAACAAGCGUAGAGUUGAGCGAUAGACACAGUGUACAUUGCCUAGGGCACCGUAUCUCGGCCACACAUGAAUUUUCAACCAUUACAACCCCUGCUUCGCUCAAAGCCAUGGCUCAAACUACGGCACCCGCACUGUCCGAUAUCAUCUUUCCGACAACAGCCAACCAUAACUUUUCUCAUAUCCUCACGGACCUCAAGCGAUCUAACUUGUCCAUCGCUAACAGACUGCGCUCCUGUCAGCAAGAUGCGGAAUUCGUUAAAGAGGUAGCAACAUGCUACAACCGUCCUCUGGUCGCCAAUGAGCGGUGCGGGAGCUGGUAUGUUCGUCCAGAGGAGAAGGCGGCGAGUGCCUACUUCAAGAGCACCGACGGCCACACCAAUGCUUGGAAGUUUAGCACGCGGAGGUUGAACUUGCAUCUUCUCGAAGUCAUUGGGAAACACGAUGGAUGCAUCAUCAUCGACUCAACUAGACGAGGCAAGAGAAUGCCGGAUGCCCUCAGCAAAACCAUCCCCGUAUGGUGCGCCGUUCUCAACAUGGCCUUGUUCCCAUCCCAUCCCAAAUCUACCACCCUCUACACCCCUCCCAACGUCGUCUCCGCCUCGGAACACUCCCAAAUCGCAGCCCUCCUCCCUACCUUCCUUUCUUCUCUAAAAGCACUCAACCUGGACCUGGAAUCUUACCGGAAGCACAUCUCCAAGCCCCUACGUCCCUUCUGGGUGACCCAGGAAACUCAGCUCUCACCCACCGACGUCGUCUUUGAGGACCACCACCCCGUCAUCUGCUGCACCUCUUCCCGCCGCGUCGCCGGCACCGAGAUGAGCGAGGCAGGGUACAUCCAGGGCGCCGGCGACGACACAGAGAACUGGGCACUUGGCCUCACGGCGGAGAUUUUCUGGUCGAACGCAGAGACACUCCUCUCCGCCGCCGAAGCAGACCUCCCUGAAAUCGUCACCGAUCUCGUCGCGAAGAGCAAGCAGCAUGCGCCAAAGGGCGUACAGCCAAAGCAAGUCGCGCCGAGGAUCGCCGUGUGCCCGCUACCCCUGGAUGACGGCGCCGGGGAGACGGUCGGGUGCAGAGUUGCCCUAACACAAGACGUCACACAGCGGGAAACGUGGGUGAAAUCCCCGACGUACAUGGAGGUCGGGCUGGGGAAGCACAAGGUCGCCAGCCGUAACCUUCGCCAGGCAUUGCCAGACAUCUGUGCUUUUGUGUCCAGUUACUUCGGCGCUCACCAGGAUGACUCUGGGGAUGUGGUGAUUGCGUGCGAGACGGGCAAGGACCUGUCCAUCGGGACGGCGCUGGCUGUAUAUUGCUGGUGCUUCGACCAGGACGGUAAGUACCGUGUCGCGAACUCCACGACGUUCUUCAACAAGGACAUGAUCCGUGUCAAGCUGGGGACCAUCAUGACAGCGUUUCCGGAGGCCAACGCCAACAGAGCGACAUUGCAAAGCGUCAACAGCUUCCUCAUGGACCACCGCAGGUGA